UCAUUUCACAAUGGUCCCGCCCAGACAGCGCCGAGCCUGGCAGCGCAGCAGCUCCACAGUAUAUGAGCAGCAGAGCUCCCAACUUAGAGGAAAUAUGUCUACCAUCAUGAAGGAGAGGCUGAGACUACAGAACACAGGAGAUUUUCUACUGUUGUGCUGAGAGAAGCCCAGAGUGGAGCCAAGCUCCUGUUGUGGGCUAAUUAAAUCCCCACCUCCGCUGACACCCCGCCUUCCCUGGUUGACCGGAAACAGUCCAGAGCAGGACACCAUCCUCGCCGGCCUCCUCUGCCUCCUGAUGUUCCUUCAGGCAGGGCGAACACACUCAGUCUGCCGGUCGCACACACCUUGACGGGGAUGGCCCUCCAGAGGAGGCUGGUGGUUGGCGUGUUGACCGUCAUCUCCCUGCUCUGUGUCUACAUCCUGUGUGUGAACCUGGAGGUGCCACUGUCCUGGUCCUUAACGCCUCUGAAACACGACUACACAGCGGGCGCUAGCAACGUCUCAAGAGACUCCGAGGAGCCUCUUGACAGCGCGACCCGGCCGCCCUCUGCCUUACACUUUCACAUAGAGCACCAGGUUCUGCAUGAACACACACAUGCCACGCAGACUUUAAAGACUCAAACAUCCAAAGUCUCUAAACAAAAAGUGGAGAACAACGUCCUGGAUGUCUCAAAGUCCAGUUCUGAUGGCCUGGAUAAAACCUGGAUCAGUACCAAAGGCCCUACACCGAAGCCUCAGCGGAUCACUCAGGCAGCCAGGACAACAGAGCCUUCCUACAUUGGAGACACUUACAUGAGUGAAGACGUCCCCCCACAAACGGACUGCCCAGACGGCAUCCAAAGUCGGGUCACACAAACUGAAUUUGGUGAGAGGUUUCUGAAAAACAUCCCAGUCCUGCAGUGGGCCAAACACGUCACUCCUGAACAGCACCAGCGCCUGAGCCGGUACCCAGGGGCACAUGGCUGGGGGGGGGUCGACUAUGAGACAUUGGUGGAAACUCUGUCUGUCCUCAAUUCGUCUGCUAACUGGCAGAUGUUCGACGACUGGAAGGAUCGCAGCAGUAAAUCAGAGUGCAUCCGCUGUGCUGUGGUGGGGAACGGUGGGAUCCUGAAUAAUUCAAAGAAAGGGGAGGAGAUCGACGGUCAUCACUAUGUGUUCAGGACCAAUGGCGCAGUCAUUAAGGGCUUUGAGAAGGACGUGGGGUCUCGUACCACCCACUACACGUUCUCCACCAACACAAUGGUCAACUCCAUGAGGAGCUACGCAGGUGCCGGGUAUAGAGGACCACCUCAGUCAAAGGAAACGCGAUACAUCUUUCUGCCAGAUCACGACCGUGAUUACCUGCUGAUGAAGGCUGCAGUGACACACACUCGAGUAGAGAGGGGGUCUGAGCAGAAGAAAGAUCCUUCCAAGUACUUUGGAGAGGACCUGUCAAUAGAAAAGUUCAAGAUGUACCACCCCGAUUUCAUCCGUUACCUCAGAAACAGAUUCCUUCGUUCUCCAAGUCUGAAAAAAUUUAGGAACAUUUACCGGCCGACAACGGGAGCUGUGAUGCUGCUGGCUGCACUGCACACCUGCAGCAAGGUGAGUGCGUACGGCUUCAUGACCCCAGACUAUAAGAGCUACUCUGACCACUACUUCGACAUCAAGCACCACCCAGUGGCCUUCUUCGCCAACCACGACAUGCGUAUGGAACUGACUCUGUGGCAGCGGCUGCACCAGGCGGGUCUCAUACAACUGUACAUGCACAAGUGAAGUCACGUCAACCGGAAACUGUCUGCGCACGAGUUACCAGCGUGGGAACGUGAUAACGGGACAACCCUGCCAGUCUUGUCUUAAAAUGUUCAGGACUUUCUGAAUUAAGAAUAAUACAAAGAAGACUUUGAGAAGAGUUUGUUUUGGGGUUGUGUUUUUUUUAUUAUGAAGGAAAUAUUUUCUUCUACAAUUACUGCUGCUAUGAAUUUGACUGAUUUAUUCAUCGGUAUAAGGGUUUUUUUUUAAAUCAUUAUCCCAGAACGCAUGUUUUGGUGAUUUGAGGGUCAAAAUGGGUCCAGACACUUAACUUUAAACCAGGCUAAAUUUAGGUCAAUGUUGGAUGGGUCGCCAUUAAAUUUAGUAUAGAUGGGUAGCAUUUAACUUAAAGCACUGCUGUAUCCUAUCUGUUCACGUCAACCUCCGAGUUUGAAUUGCGAGUCAGAUAAGAAUUUCUGAUGCUGACGACAUCUCCAGCUUGGCCCAUGUGUCAACACACUGUUGGCAAAAUAGGCUGCGAAGCCUCUGUCACAGGCAGUCGCGGGAAAAUAAAAUCCAGUAUUUAACGCAUGUAUAACUAAGCAAAUUUAACGAGGAGCUUUAGCUACAGUCUGAUAUCAGAUUUCACUUGGCAGUAGCAAACAUGAGCUAUUUCCAUGGAAAGCAGUGGGAGUAACAAGUGAGAUCAUUCCCAUGAGACGGUCCCAUUCUCUUGACUUGAGCGUUUGCUGAAAGCCUUAAUACAGCAGAAGGGGUGUGUGUGGGGGGGGGGGGUUAGCUUGUUCCAGUAAUUCAAUUCUUGUUGCUCUCCCUUGUUUUUAGUAUGUUUCAGAGUAUAAUUAAGAGACACAAAGAGGGAGGGAUUGAAAGAACAUUUAUGAAAGUGAGUUUACAUACUCUAAGAGCAUGUUGUGUAAAAGCACUUUGAGUGGUCAAAGACUAGAAAGGCGCUAUCCAAGUACAGAGCAUUUACAUUUAGAGGGAACAUCUAUCACAUUUUAUUGCCCCGAGUGUUUAUUUGAACAGAUAACAGGAUGGGUUUUACAUUGAGGGUAUAGAAUUACCACUCUGAAGUUUUCAUGGUUCAUUUCAAUUCUGACUGCAGAGAAUCAAAAACCUUCUUGGACUUCAAUCCAUAUUUAAAAAUUUGACCUUUUUGCCCAAAUUUAGCCUGGCUUACUAGUUUUAGCUUGUCAACCAUGUUUCUGGGAUGACUCUAGAGCGUAUCACACAAUCAGUCUCUGCCCGAGUUACAGUGGAGGUUCUUGUUAGUGGUACACAGCUUGUUGACAAGGGACAAGACUGCAAUUGAGUUGGCCACUUGCUUAAAAUAUCCUGUCUCCCAGCCCUAAAAUGACGGUGCACUGCUGGCAGUGGCCAAAGUCUGUUCUGACAUUUACUCAGAUUAUGUUCGGAGUCUGUCUCUGUAUAUUGUACUGUGGAAGCUCUCAAAAACCCACGGAGUGUAACUAUAAAGCUCUUUGGGAGACACAUUUGAACAUGAGAGGGUAUUUCAAGGCAUGUAACUUAUAUAUAUAUUUUUUUUUUUUAGGCCCACAAGUGUACUUUUCUUUGUUUUGUUUUUUUUUACAUGUUACCACACUGUGAUAUGAACACUGUGUGCGGGCUCUACUUGACUUUCAGUGCCUUUUUUUUAAUGUGAAUCUGUUUGGUGACUGAAGUAGAAAUUCAGGAUUUUCCCACAACACAAACGAGGAAGUCUGUGUCCUCGUCCCUCAGUUUGGAUUUUGGGACGUUCCCCGAGGACUCGUCUUGUGGAAUCUGCUUGUUUACCUGCCAGACCUGGACUCCUCUCUGCGCUGUGAUGAUGAAGGGUCAAAGUGUAUUGCCACUCCUCUCAAACUGGACUAAGGCAUCAGAUCCUCAAUUACAAGUCUGUAUUGUGCUGACGGCAAUGACACAAACUGUAGGUCUGCUAGUGGGAGGAGAAAAGAAACCAAAGACACACUGUAAAUCAGGGAUAAUAUCCAAUCAGUACAUAUUCUAACUCUGAUAACCCUCUUAAAUCAGUAUAAAAGUAAACUGACUUUA